AGGGGGCGAUUUCAAUUAAAAUGUCCUCCGUGAAAGACGAGAGUAAACAGUACAUGACAGUGAAGGAUUUGCAGAAAGUUUUGGACUCGUGCAAUCUACAGCUACAUCAAGUGGAUGAGGUUUGGCCCAACAUCUACAUCGGGAAUGUACACGUAGCCCAGAACAGGAGUGCUUUGCAGAAACUAGGUAUUACUCAUGUGUUGAACGCUGCCCAUUCCAAACGAGGCAGCAUUGGGGACCAAAGAUUUUACGGCAACGACUUCGUGUAUUGUGGCAUUCCCGCUGAUGACUCCACCUACUUUGACAUCGACGUUUACUUCAAACCUGCUGCCGAUUUCAUUCACAAGGCACUGAAAUCUCCAGAUGGCAAGGUUCUAGUGCAUUGCAUCAUGGGCCUGAGCCGGUCCUCAACCUUAGUGCUGGCCUACCUCAUGAUCCACCGUCACCUCCCCCUCCGUCGGGCCCUGAAGAACCUGGUGGAGAAGAGAGCCAUCUACCCCAACCGCAACUUCCUGGCUCUGCUGCUGGACCUCGACCUGCAGCUGAAGAGAAAGGAAAGAACGUGCGACAUCCUGUAAUCUGCCGAGACAUGCUUUGUAUGGAACUCUUCAUUCAGUGGUCAGUGCACACGAGAAACCCACAGCCUCUCUCUUAGUAACCAGGAGUCUGAGCACCACUGGGUACUAUGUUAUCUGCUGUGAGUACACAGAGCAACAGCAGCGGAUGAUAAGAACGCAUGAGGCAACACUUUGGGGGGAAUAUUGGGGCCAUGGACUGCCGUUUUUCAUUUUGUACAAUGAUCUAUAGCGUUGAUCACAGUGUUAACAAAAUGGACCAAAACUAUUAACAGGACACUUGACUAUUCACUUGUUGUUGGUAUUUAAUGUUCGCUGUGCUCAGAUGUUUUUGAUAAAUCAUAAAAUCGAUGCAGCUCAGAAGAGAAAAGACUGCUUCCUUUUUAGACCUAACUCAAAAAAUACCUCUUUUAUUAUUCAAGUUAACUGUUCAAACUUUUUACUGGGAUCGUUUAUGGUAUUGGAAGCAUGGCGAACAUCUGCCUUUGCCACACUAUGUAGUCAUUCACACAAUUCAAUUAACUUUAUUAUUCUUCAUUUGUGUGCAAGUGUCCCGCUCUUGGUUAAUCUUUCAGGGAAACAGACGGUGAAGACGGAAUCACUUUGAGACGAGUUUAAGAUGUUAACCUAAAAAGAAGAAAAAUAAAGUGAAUGUAGAGAGACUGGCAGAAGGCAGACGUCUGAACCAUGAUGCACUCUGUCAUACAUAUGUUACAAUUACAUGUGUUAUAUAUACAUAUGUUAUAUAAUAUUACAAUUACAUGUGUGCUAUUUAUUCAUUAUGUGUUUUUAUGUUGAUGUGCAAUGUAUGAUGCACAGUAUUUAUAUUCAUAGUGUAUUGCUUUCCAUUUAAACUCGCCCAAAACACAUGCACAACAUGUUUUGGUCCUUGCAAAGGCAAAAAUGUCCACAAAGACAGUUCUUUGCAGAGGAUUCCCUUUUUUAUGAAUGCAGUGUGGAAUACCCAGAGAUACUUUUUAGUGCCAUUAAAGGGCUGGUCUUAUGCCACCAGGUGUGAAUGUGAUUAGCCAUUAGACUGGUAGAUCAGUCUAUCAGCCUACCCAGGGGACACUCCCACGUGAGAUUGUCACUAUAACACAGGAAAAGGCAAUUUUCAAACGGCUUGUAAUGGCUUAACACACCCACGCCAUGGUGGCAUAAUAUCAUCAGCAUCAGAGCAGUUGAUAAAGCCUACUAGUGGUGGAGCAAGAAAAAAAGAAGAAGCAUUUUUUCUGUUGAGCCUUUCUGUGGUAACCGUGGGCACCUUCCCGAUACGAAGCAUCUUUAAUUACACAGAAGUGGAGCAGAAAGGACAGGCUAGCCUCGGGCUACGAGGAGGCUAUGAAAGCUGCAGAGCAACAUGUGCACCCAGGGAAAU